AUGUCUGAGAACCGUCGUACACGUUUUGCCUAUACGACAUCCACUUUGCGGAGGUGGUCUAGAGACCUUGCUAGCGGCCAAGAAGCGGGGGGGCAUGUCAAGAAGAGGAGCAAUCAGCCCUCUCAGUGUGAUGGCAAAAGCCACCCGUCUUCGGUGCCUAUCGUUAACUGGGGCAGUCUGCGGCUGACCGCGGUAGGCGUUCCUGGGACGUCAGAGCGCGUUGGACGAUGCAUAGCUCAGCUCCUGCUCGUUUUUAUUCUAGAGCUUGCAGUUUUGCCUAUCAUCAAGAUUGGUGUUUCCCUAGAGCUCAGUUGGUACCCAAGUUGCUGA